UCAAUCAGUAGCAGGUGUAACAACCUCAAAUUCAAUUGGAUUAACAUCAUUGAAUACAAUAGGUCAAUCUGUUGGGGGUCUUACAACUGCUUCAACCAGUCAAUCAUCAAUAGGUUUAACAACUGCAUCAACUACCCAAUCAUCAAUCGGUGUAACAACUGCCUCAACUAGUCAAUCAUCACUCGGUGUAACAACUGCAUCAGCUAGUCAAUCAUCAAUUGGUGUAUCAACUGCUUCAACUAGCCAAUCAACAAUUGGUGUAUCAACCACAUCAACAGGACAGAGUGUAGGUGGUUACUCCACAUCAAGUGGAAUCCUAUCAGGAUACUUUGGUUCAUUAACUUCCUCUAAAACCUCAACAAGUACAACAACAGGAUCAGCUGGUGGAUCCACCUCAAACUUUUUAUCAGGAGUUAUUUCUGGUUUAACAACUUCAAAAACAACCGGCUUAACUAGUUUUAUGGGUAUUAGCUUCGAACAGGUUGAUAUAGAUAAACCAAAAGAAAUAAAUCAAAUAUCAAUUAAAAAAUCAGAACAAUCUCCAGCUUUUAUAAAAGAUACUAAUGAAAAAGAAAUAGAAAAUGAAAACUAUGGUAUAAAUAAUGUCGAACAAUUAAAUAAUAAUAAUAAUAAUAAUAAUAAUAAUAAUAAUAAUAAUAAUAAUAAUAAUAUAAAUGAAAUAUAGAUAUAAUUAUCUAUAAUAAAAAAUAUAGAAAAGAUUAAAGAAAACCAUAUUUAAUUUAAAGAAUGUGAUAAAAACGAAAAAUGACGAAAUAUAAUUUAUUUACAAAACAAUUAAAAUAUAAAUAAAAUAAAAAUAGUAUUUUUAUU